AUCCGCUGAAUUUUCCAACCUCUAAAGAGGAGUCAGCACCGGGAGGAGACAGACGCCGGAGGAGCGCGCCAGGGAAGGAGAGGACAGCUGAGAACUUGCUCCCUGUCUGCCGCACCCACAGCACGUUGCCAUGGCAUCUGAACCCAUCAUGUCGGCCCCCAUGUGUUUGGUGGAAAACAAGAACCAGCAGAUGUCGGUGAAUCAGAGAGCCUUAAAGAUUCUUUACAAGAUUUCUCAACCAGUGGUGGUGGUGGCUAUCGUUGGGGUGUAUCGUACAGGAAAAUCUUACCUGAUGAACUGUCUUGCAGGAGAAAAGCUUGGUUUCCCUCUGGGCUCUACAGUGCAGUCUGAAACCAAAGGUAUCUGGAUGUGGUGUGUGCCUCACCCCUCCAAACAUGACCACACCCUGGUCCUUCUGGACACUGAGGGCCUGGGUGACGUAGAAAAGGGUGAUUCUAAGAACGACUCAUGGAUCUUUGCCCUGUCUGUGCUUCUGAGUAGCACAUUAGUCUACAACAGCAUGAGCACUAUCAACAAUGAUGCCUUGGAGAAACUCCAUUAUGUGACAGAGCUGACAGAGUUCAUCAGGGCAAAGUCCUCCCCUACACGCAGUGAAGAAGAUUCCUCAGAGUUUGUGAGUUUCUUUCCGGACUUUAUCUGGGCUGUACGGGAUUUCACCCUGGAGCUGAAGUUAAAUGGUCACCCUAUCACAGAAGAUGAAUACCUGGAGAAUUCCUUGAAACUGAUUCCAGGUUUAAAUCCUAGAGCUAAAAAUUCCAACAUACCCAGGGAGUGUAUCAGGAAUUAUUUUCCAAAGCGAAAGUGUUUUGUCUUUGACCGGCCAACAAAAGAGACAGAGCUCCUAGCCAAACUUGAGACUAUUUUGGAAAGCCAACUGGAUCCUAAAUUCCGGGAACAAUCAGAUAAAUUCUGUUAUUAUAUCUUCAACCAUGCAAAGACCAAGCUGCUCAGAGAAGGAGUCAAGGUCACUGGGAAUAGGCUGGGGACUCUGGUGGUGACUUAUGUGGAUACCAUCAACAGCGGAGCUGUGCCUUGUUUGGAGAACGCGGUGACAGCACUGGCUGAGCUUGAGAACUCAGCAGCCGUGCAGAAGGCGGCCGAUCACUACACUGAGCAGAUGGCCCAGCGAGUGAGCUUCCCCACAGACUCGCUCCAGGAGCUGCUGGACCUGCACGCAGCCUGCGAGAGGGAAGCCAUUGCCAUCUUCAUGGAGCGCUCCUUCAAGGAUGACAAGCGGGGGUUUCAGACGAAGCUCAUGGAAAUCAUAAACAAUAAGAAGAAGAGUUUCUUGAUGCAGAAUGAAGAGGCUUCUGAGAAAUAUUGCCAGCAUGUACUUGAUCAGCUUACGAUGCCCCUAAUGGAAAGUUUUUCAGCAGGAAUUUUCUCUGUUUCUGGAGGACACGAGAAAUACAAGAGAGCAAAGGAAAGGAUUGAACGGCGCUACUGGGAAGUACCCAGCAAAGGAGUGAAGGCAAAAGAGAUCUUCCAACACUUCCUGCAGUCACAGGUGUCAAUAGAGAAAUCCAUCCUGCAGACAGAUAAAGCCCUGAGCCAACGUGAGAAGGCCAUAGCAGAGGAGCGGGCAAGGAGGGAGGAAGCUGAGAAGGAACAGGAGUGCCUAAGACAGAAAUACCAGGAGCAGCAGCAGUACAUGGAGGCGCAAAAUAGGAGUCGGCAGGAACACAUGGACCAACUGAAGAAGAAGCUCGAGGGCGAAAGAGAAGAGGCUCUGAGAGAACUGACAAGGGCGCUGGAGCACAAGCUGGAUGCCCAAGAGAAAUUGAUUAAAGAAGGAUUUAGGAAGAAAUCUGAAGAGAUGGAGGCAGAGAUAAAUCGUCUGAGAAAUGCAAUUGAUAAUAAUAAGAAGGAUAAAGGACCCUGGAUAUCACAGGCCCUGGACACACUUGCCAAUGAAGCCACUACAAUUCUCUCUGCUCCUGCUGUAUUAAUUGGUAAAGGUCUGCGUGCCCUGAGCUCACUGUUCAAAUAGGAUUAGCUUUUCGUAAAGGAAAUUAUAGAAUAUGCAUAUAUGCUGUGCCCUAUGUAUGGUGUGUAUGUAUUUUUAGUUUCACUUAAAAAAAGUUUUAAACAAAAAGUGCCU